AUGCCAAAAAAGCCCCAUUGGUCAUCUCUCCGACGCAGAAGGGCCUCGACCGAUCGGCCAACUACAUCUGCACGUUCACGGAACGCUUCUCAUGCCCGCCAUGAGUUCAGCCGUAGACUCACGCUCGGAGAUAUGGGUGAAUGGCUGAGAGAAAGGCAGGAGCCUGCCCAGAGUGUCACGUUAGGAGACGUAGGGGAUUGGUUCAAGAACAAACUCCCAAGCCAUUGUCCAGAAAGAGGUGGAACAUUGAGAACUAAAGAAGACUGGGGCAAGGGGGGAACAAGCGGCACUCAACUGGUCUCUCCUGCGCGUAAAAACGACAGUGAUUCAUCUACAGGUUGGCCUUUAUCAGAGCAACCUCCGGCUAUCAAUCGCCGAACUGGUCAACAAAGUGUCAUAGGCGGUUCAGAUCGUCUAGUAGACUGGAACACAACAAAGAAUCUAAGCGAGUUAUUACCAGAACACAGUCUUUUAUCCAAAGGGAAAGCAGCUACAGGCCAGAAACCACCCACCCAGCGAAGGUGGAACAACUUGGGUCCUCCGAGAGUGCGCAACAAGCUCAAGCAAAAGGCCGCAGGCGAUGACACAGAAUCGAAGAACGACAAAUGGGAGCAAAUGCAAAGUAACGCUCAUGGGGCGCAGCCUUUCGUCCCAGUCAUGCAAGUGGUGUCUGGCAUACUCGAGGUUCUUGAAGCCAAGAAGAAAGCGAGAAAAAAGGCACGAGAGGAUCGAGAAAGCUUGAUAGAAAGUGGAGAUUACCUUGGAGUCCAAGGCAUCAACCCGCAGACUGGUGUUUUAGAUCUUACAUCAGAGAGUGGUGAUAGUGCCCUGAGCGUCAGGACAGAACAAAAGCUAGCAAACCUCGAAACCCAGGCCAAAAAUGCGACUUCGGCUGUGAAAAGAAAAGAGGCUGAAGCUGAAAUCGCCAAAAUACAUUUUGACCGUGACAUUAUGAAGUUGCGGCGUCAGGAGAAAAUCGAGAAACAGCUUGCUAAAUGGCGAAGGGACACAAACAAGUGGUCGUCAGUACAGGAGCCUGAUCUGAGUCCUAUUACUCAAUCUCACAGAAGCACCUCAGUGCUAUCAAGGCGCAGCUCGCAUCGCGAUCACAGCGUGCCAAAGUACGAAGGUCUUAUAGACCUAAGCCUUCCAGAGGACCAGCCAAGGCAAGAACAGCUCCCUGGCAUAACACUCUCGACUAAUUUGAGAUCCAGAGAAAGUGCGAAUUCGUCUGACACAGUGGUGAAGACUCAUCUGGAGCUUCUAUCUCAUGCGGCCCUGGAACUUUUUGAAAAUGACAUUAGGUUCCGGCAGAGCGCGGACGAGCUUGGACUAAACGGAGACCUAUUCGCAGAGCAUAACGACAAAACCCGAAACGAGCAAACAGAUACAGGACAAGCAAAAAUGCUUUGGGCAACUACCUGCCCUCAAACAUCACCAGAUCUCUCGACGAUAGAUCUUCCAGCAGUCAGCCGCGACAAAACCCUGACAUUGGUGAAGAACGUAAACGAGACGCCAAGUUCCCGAGAGAGCAAUCCGCAAAACAGCUCCAUACAAGGUUCGACGACAAGCCACAAGAGAUUCGCUAUUCAGUCGACAGUAUCGAAACAAGACGUUUUCGAAUCCCUCGAAAACCAGUGCCGACAAGCAAACUCGCACCUAAUGGAAAGCCGAGAAGGACGAUUGAAUUGGGAGCAACCGAAGAUGGCCAGCUCAGAGCCGUCGCCAAUAGUCCAGCUUCUUCUAAGGCGUCAAGCGUCAAGAGUUGGGAGAAAGGCCGACCCACUACCCCAGAAAGAGGCAGAGCGGUCAGCGACUCAAGAUCGCCUCACCGCUCUACCAUCUCCAACAAGAGAAGCGAUAGCGUGGCCAGGGCUGCGAAAUCUACCCAAGACAGCCAAAGAAAUAGAAGCCAGCAAAGACAUAGUCAAAAAGAAUCUCACUCAGCUCAAUAUGCUCUACCAAACAAUACUCGAGAUCAGAGAUCACGACAUUCAACCGAUCUGCGCACAGAACACGAAUCACGACACCACAAACAUGUACGAGGUCAAGGAGGCGUGUGCAUCCAUAAACACCAUCAUCACUACUGGAGAGUCUGCAACACAAGCGCAGACGGAACCGGGUAGUUCGCAACGUGCAACACUUCGGGACAACGCCAAGCAGUUCGGAUCAAUCCCAAAAGAAUCCUGGGCCGAGUUCAUUGCCGAAACUAGGGUCUCUGUGCGAUAUUCUAGCGACCAAUUCUGUGUUGGGGAACCAUCAAGUGUCUUCGAUGCAAGAGCCGCAGGCACAAAUGUGCAACAACACGACGACAAGGGUGUCGGAAUGGAGGAGACCGGACAGACCAUUCUUGUGAAAGACAGUGCCCAACUAGGCAACAGAUGUCUUCUGCCGGGAAUAGAUCGCACGGAACCCAGCGAACAAGCAAUGAAGCUUGGUGCGCAGACGUCAGACAGUCUUCAAGAACACCAAGACGCCGAAGGCGACACCGCAGAUCUUUCCAGCAAUAAAUACUGCCAGAGUCAAGAGGGAGGGCUGUGGGAGGCCAUCAAGGAGUUUGUGCAAACGGUCAACGAGUACAGCACGUGGCUUCUGAGAUUGUACUUUGGUGCUAUAAAGCCUGUGUUCGAUACUAGGUCUUCGUAUUGGAGAUGCGCUGAUCGAGAAGACCGUGGCUGGGUGAACUUGGUGAGCCUUUGUCUCGCGUUACCACUGAUAUUCGGGUUAUCAAUGGUGUUGGUGUGGGGUAUGGAGUUGACGGUUAUCGCGUUAAAUUGUAUGGAUGAAGACCAGGAUUGUAUGGAUUGUAUGGCUGAUGAAGCCUUAGCUAUGUUCCAGCGAAGUUUGACGGGAGUAUACCCCUACGAGUAA